GUACAUUUCCCCUUAUAAAUGUGAAGGCACUUGCUCUGGCUCACCAUCUAAUCUAAGCUCAUCUCUGAGUUUCUAUUUUGCUUCUUCCAAUAGCUUUAAGUUGCAGUAUCCAAGUCCUCCGAUGGGGUUCCAUCUCCCACACAUCUUUGCUUUUCUCACUUUCACACUGGUGGUAAGCCAUGCUGCUCUAUCACCUCAACUUUACUGGAAUUCUGUCUUGCCAAACACACGGAUGCCAAAAACUCUCAGUGAACUUCUGCAAUCUGACUUCAGCGAAGAAAAGAGCACCUCAGUUGGGGUAGGGAAGGGUGGUGUGAACGUUAACGCAGGUAAAGGAAAGCCCGCAGGCACCAACGUCAAUGUUGGGAAGGGUGGUGUUCAUGUUAACACUGGAAAAGGAAAGCCUGGAGGAACCAAUGUGAAUGUUGGAAAGGGUGGUGUGAAUGUGCAUGCUCCAAAAGGAAAGCCAGGGGGUGGUACCAAUGUCAACGUAGGGGGAAAAGGUGGUGUUGGAGUGCAGACUGGAAAGCCCGGCAAGGGAACCAACGUGGGUGUUGGCAAAGGAGGAGUGCAUGUAAGCACAGGUCACAAGGGAAAACCUGUAUAUGUUGGCGUAACACCAGGCAAAAGCCCAUUUGUAUACAACUAUGCUGCUACUGAGACUCAACUUCAUGAAGAUCCACAGAUCGUACUUUUCUUCUUGGAGAAGGACAUGCAUCCUGGCACAAAGAUGAACUUGCGCUUCACUAAAAGUUCAGACACAGCAACUUUCCUUCCACGCAAAACUGCAGAGUCGAUCCCUUUCUCAUCUAAUAAACUGCCCGAAAUUUUGGACCAGUUUUCAGUGAAACCAGAAUCUGCAGAAGCAGACACAAUUAAGCAAACCAUUGAAGAGUGUGAGAAACCAGGUAUUAGAGGAGAGGAAAAAUAUUGUGCAACCUCUUUGGAGUCAAUGAUUGACUUCAGCACUUCCAAGCUUGGAAGGAACAUUCAGGCAGUCUCAACAGAGGUUGAAAAGGGAACCACCAUGCAGAAGUACACAAUAUUGCCUGGAGUGAAGAAGCUGGCAGGCGACAAAUCCAUUGCAUGCCAUAAGCAGAACUAUGUGUAUGCUGUCUUCUACUGCCAUGCAACAACAACCACAAGAGCUUAUAUAGUGCCGCUGGAAGGUGCUGAUGGAGUGAACGCUAAGGCAGUAGCAGUCUGCCACACAGACACCUCAGAAUGGAACCCAAAGCAUUUGGCCUUCCAAGUUCUCAAAGUUAAGCCAGGAACCAUUCCCAUCUGCCAUUUUCUUCCCAGUGAUCAUAUUGUCUGGGUUCCAAACCAGAAAUCCACAUAAGCCGAAUCCAUUAGUUGUUCUACCUGGGCGUUCAGCAUAGUUUCAAUGCCAAUAGUUUGAAAACCUACUCAUUUCUUGUCACUAUGUACUUCAACUUAUAAAGCAUGCUAUAGUGGACAUGUUAUAUAUUCAGUAAAAUACAUAAUAAGCUUUGGCUUUGUGGUGCUA